CUCCCUGAUAAACAAACAACAACAGCAGAAACCUCCAGUAGAGGUGAGUCCUCAUCUGGACUUUAGGAGGUAAAUAUGCGCUCUCUCGUGGGGCUGGCCGCGGUGGUGCUGGCAGCCAGCCUGUAUCUUUACUCCCUGUCCCUGUACCUGCCCGCGGGACCACGUGGCCCUCCGGCCGCCGGGCAGCGUGUGGACGGGACGGAGCUGGGUGACCCCGAGGAGCCGCGCAGGUUGAAGUUUCCUUCAGACUUGGAGGAGCUGCGGGAACUUGCUGAGCUGCUGCAGUUUUACAAACGUGAGCACACUGGAUAUGUCCUGCUCCUGUUCUCCAGCGCAUAUCUCUACAAGCAGUCCUUUGCCAUUCCUGGAUCAUCCUUUCUGAACAUUCUUGCCGGAGCUAUCUUUGGACCUUAUGAAGGCCUUGUGCUCGCCUGUGUGCUCACGACAGUCGGCUCCACCAUGUGCUACCUCCUGUCCCAAGCCUUCGGAAAACAUUACAUUGUAAACCUGUUCCCUGAGAAAGUCUCCAUGUUUCAGGGGAAGGUGGAGGAGAACAGGGACUGUUUAUUUUUCUUCUUGCUCUUCCUAAGAUUCUUUCCCAUGACUCCCAACUGGUUCUUGAAUAUGUCUGCUCCAAUUGUCAACAUCCCCAUCACCUUCUUCUUCUGCUCAGUCUUUAUUGGCCUCCUGCCCUACAACUUCAUCUGUGUCCAGACAGGCGUCAUGUUGUCCGAGGUGUCAUCCCUAGAUGACCUCGUCUCCUGGGAGCGACUCCUGCAGAUGCUGGCCAUCGCCUGCGCGGCUCUGGUGCCCGGCUCGCUCAUCCGCCACUUCAGCCACAGGCGUCUGAAACUGGACGUCCAGUCUGAAAAUGGACUCGCCACAGACAAGAAAGUCCAGUGACAUGUUGCGGUCGGGAGCCCGUUCCCCGAUGUUCUGAUGCCUUCGGGCUCUGAUGAGUGAAUGUACAAGUGGCAACUUUUGCGAAAAACUUUAAUGUUUCCUGUUUCAGAGGCUUUUACUCCAGGGAAUUCUGCUUUUAGAGAAAUGAUGAUUGUCACAGUUGGAAUGAAGUUGUUUUUUUUAUUUUCCUGCCUGUUUUACCAACUUUUUACCAACUUUUUACCAACUUUUGGUGUUUCAUUGCCCUAAAAUAUGGGCAACGCAUACAUGCUAGUCCUGUAUAAGUGUGGGUGUACAGUAACCACGGAAGAAAGGAAGGCUUUUAAAGGCUAGAUGCUUUUAGGCUCCCGUUGAUUAAAAGGAGUCUUGCUCCACUAUGAACAGUUUGUGUUCAAAGAGCCUGUUGUGUACUUUUGGUAUUCAAAUUCUACCUCAGUGGACAAAUUAAAGCUAAUUUUAAUGCUUAAAGCCCUCCAGCCUUAGUACAGACUGAAUAGUUCAGAGUAUUUUCUUUGCAGAUUUGUAUGAGAAUUUGUUACUGAAAUAUUGAUCAGUUUGCAGAAGUAAAUAAGACUAAUCAGCCACAACAUUGCAUCAUGGGAUUUAUGGCGUUCACUCCCCACCUAAACAUUCCUGAACAGAUCUUCUAGUUAGACCUGAAAUACUGCUCAGGAGCAGCUCUGAGAAGGCCAGUCCCAUCUGGUAUCUGCUGAGUGUGAAGAAGCUGAAACUAUGGACGCUUGACGGACUCGGACAACCUGCGGUCAACGUCCCGGGACAAGACGAGCAGCGCCUUAGAUACAAAGGCUCAAAGUCCUCACCGCAGCUAAGGCCGAGCCUGUACGUCUCGCCCAGAUCUACCCGCUCCUGUUUCCUGUCUCCCUCCACUUUCAACAAAGUCCACUGGUGCCCCAAAAAACUUUUUUUAUUUUUCUCGUUUUUAAUCAUAUUUUCCUAUUUCAGUAUGAGCUGUCUUGUUGCUGGUUUUUUUUUUUAGAGUACAUUGGACCAUCAUUUGUAUUUUUCAGGUUUGAGCUGAAGGGUUUUAAAUUGUACAGUGUCAUUAUGAGACUAGAAUCUAGCCUCUCUAAAAAUCAGUGUGCCAUGUUUGUCAUGUCAAGAUAUUCUGUAUGAUUAUUUGAAAAGUGAAGUUAAAUCAGACACAAUGGAGCUUUGAUUUAUAUAAAAGUCCGUCUUGUCUUUUU